GUCGCAGUAGUCAUUAGCGUAAGUAAUGAUGUACAAGAAGUAUACCGCGUUGGUGUUGGCUCUGGUGGUCCUGGCGGCGGAGGCCAGCACCGCGCCGAAGCAGCUGCUGGAGCCGCUGCUGCUGCAAGCCCAACAGGGGAAAUUCAACGACCUGGGCAUAACGGCGACAGUGAACGACUAUGUCGACGAGACGAUCAGCAUGCUGGUGCCGCACAUUCUGAACUUUGGCCUCGACCCCAUGGAGCUGCCUGAUAUCGAGGAGGGUUUUGAAGUGAGAUACCUGCUGGUAACGUACAGCGCGUGGCUGAAGAUCCACGACGGCUACAUGUCGGGGCUGGUGAACGUGCAGCGCUCCGGCGACCAGACCGUCAACUACUUCGCUAAGAUGCUGCGCGUGCGCGUCGAACUGCAGUUCUCCGACCUUGAAUUUUACUACAAUUACCUCCUGAAGGUGAUGAGGAUCGGACCCACCGGCGGGAUCCGUGGCUCACUGGCCAGCUUCAAGGUUGUAACUGACAUUCUGAUCGAUUUCAACAACGACGAAAUCCAUCUCCAACAGUUCUCUUUGACUGACAUUGGUCGCCUGCGUGUCCGGCUGACCGGCAACAUCCUUACCGACUGGCUGGUGAACCCCACCAUCUCCGUCUUCGUGCGGCUAUUCGACACCGUCAUCAUGAAGGUUGUGGAGGUCAACAUCCGCAACGCCAUCCAUGGCGGCAUCAGUAUCAUCAACGCCAACCUCAGGGCCGUCAUCGACGUGCUUGAAUCCUUCAACUAAACUACAUCGGUAGUUCCUACCUUUUCAAUAUUGUCAUCAUCCAACAAAAAUAUUUUAACACAGUGAAUAAAAUGUUUGGUGCAUCUGUA